AUGAGCGAAAUGUCCAGCUUUCUUCACAUCGGGGAUAUCGUUUCCCUGUACGCCGAGGGCUCCGUCAAUGGCUUCAUCAGCACUUUGGGGCUGGUGGAUGACCGCUGUGUGGUGGAGCCGGCGGCCGGGGACCUGGACAACCCCCCUAAGAAGUUCCGAGACUGCCUCUUCAAGGUAUGCCCCAUGAACCGCUAUUCAGCCCAGAAGCAGUACUGGAAGGCCAAGCAGACCAAGCAGGACAAGGAGAAGAUCGCCGAUGUGGUGCUGCUGCAGAAGCUUCAGCACGCGGCCCAGAUGGAGCAGAAGCAAAAUGACACGGAGAACAAGAAAGUGCAUGGGGAUGUCGUGAAGUACGGCAGUGUGAUCCAG